CUAUCUAUCUAUCUAUCUAUCUAUGAUGUAGGCCUGUUUCUAGUUUCAAGAAUCUAAACCUAAACGGAGCAUGACCUUUCUUGACAUCUUGGCUCGAGCUGAAGAUGGAUUACGAUUUCAAUAAGAUAUCACCGGAGAAGGAGGUCUCUCUGGAAUUUGUGCGGGAGUCACUGAUGACGAUCUCUCAGUCUCUUCCGGAUGUGAUACAUGCGCCAAAUGGGUUUCCUGCUAAGACACCUGUUGCUGCCGAUGCUGUUGGUGACCAAAAUGUCGGCAGUGGAGCAGAAGAGUAUAGGUCUAAGCUGAUCUCCAUCUCUUAUAUGCAAUCUCCAGAUGUUAAACCUUCUCCGUCAUUAGUGGAAAAUCUCGGUGUGUAAAGAGGAUGGAACUCUUGCCCGUGGAAACUCUGUACAUUUAAUGUUUACCAAGUUUGUGUGGGAGUAGAUACUUAUGAAUGAGUUUGGAGGUCCAACUUUGUUUGCUGAAAGUAUGAAUCUAGUCACUAUGUAAAAUAUGUACAGCUAUCAAAGUAUAUUCUGCUGCUCUAUAACUUACAGGUGGCAUGUUCCUCCCUCUUCUAUAUAGUUCAAUACUUAUUUGCGAA